AGGUUUUGUUGAGCUCUUCCCCUCACUGCCCCUUUUCCUGAACAUCAUCUCCCCAUUCUCAGCUUCGUUACUGUCCUGUCCUUUGGAAGGACGCCAGAAAACUGUACCUACGUAUUAGCACAAAGCAGGCAGUUGAUUCGGAAGUACGAAACACACCAUCACCCAGCCGAGUACAUUUCAAUGUCGGCAAAGACAGCCACGGACCGAGGGGCAGAGGAGAAAACCUUAGCUAGUGUCGAUGCAUGUAUCAGUGCCAGCGAGGACACUUCGGUGCAAGACGGCGACUCGGGCAUAGCGAUCGCCCUGUCCGUUGUCCGCGCCGACGGCAACCCCGACGCCCCUGAAAAUGUCACGUACGCCAUCCUCACCUUCGAGCCCAACGACCCCGGCGACCCGCACAACUGGUCAAAGGGCAAGAAGCUGCGGAUAGUGCUCACGGGGAUCCUCAUGUGCAUCAACAGCAGCAUGGGGUCGAUUCUCACGACCAACAUCUUCCCGCAGCUGCAGCACACGUUCGGCGUGCCGGGCGGGCCGCAGGCGGUGCUGCCGGCAUCGCUGUACCUGGUCGGCUUCAUGUUCGGGCCGCUCAUCUUCGCACCCCUGAGUGAGGGCUACGGCCGCAAGCCCGUGCUGGUGAGCGGGUUCGCCCUGUUCGGGGUGGCGACUCUGGGCGCGGUGCUGGCGCGCAACUGGGCCGUCUUCCUCUUCUUCCGCUUCCUAUGCGGCACGUUCGGGUCGCCGCCGCUGAGCGUCGUCGGCGGCGUCAUCGCCGACGUCUUCUGCAACGAGGUCACGAGGGGCAGGGUCAUCAUGGCGUGGUCGGCCGCCACCUUUGCAGGGCCGCUGCUUGCGCCCGUGCUGACGGGAUUCGUUAGUCCCGCCCUGGGGUGGCGCUGGACGUUCUGGAUCGCGCUGAUUAUGGUGUCUGUUUCUUUCAUUCCCGUGAUUGCGCUGCCUGAAACGUUUGCUACAAAGAUCCUGCGCACAAGGGCAGCCAAGCUAAACAAGAAGUUCAAGGGGAGAAACUUCACCGCCGCCGGCGAUGUGCGGAAGGGCAGUCUGUGGGCAUCUCUUAAAACAACACUCUCGAGGCCUUUGCGCCUGCUUUUCAGCGAGAUGCUGUUGGCUUUGGCUUGUGUUUACAUGGCAUUUACAUACGCCGUGUUUUACAUGAUGGUGCAGAUAUUCGGCACCAUUUUUCAGGGCGUCUACAAGUUCAGUCUUGGCAUAGCGGGAGUUGCUUUCUCCAUCAUGGCUAUCGGCACCGUUUCUGGAUGCUUGUUUUCUCUUUGGUAUGAUAAUAUCGGCCCGCGCCUGGGUGCCAAGCACCCCGACAAGAGAGCUGAGUAUCUCCGCCUCCCGCUGGCGUGCGUUGGCGGCCCGAUAUUUGUUAUCUCGCUGGUCUGGCUCGGCUGGACUGCGACGGCCUCGGUGCAUUGGUUUGUGCCGCUGUCGGCUCUCAUCCCAUAUGGUUUCGCUUAUCAGGUGAUCUUUGUGGCGAUGAUAAACUAUAUCACCGAUGCCUAUGACAUCUACGCCGCGUCGGCGCUCGCAGCCUGCGGAACCACGCGGAGCAUUGCGGGCGCCCUCAUCCCGCUCUGCGUUGACAAGAUGCUCAGCUCGCUCGGGAUUGCCUGGUCCUGCACGCUUCUGGCGCUCAUCAGCGCGGUGCUGGGCUUCGUGCCGUUUGCCUUCAUCAUGUACGGCGACAAGAUCCGGGCCGCGAGCCGGUUUAGCGCCACGCUCAAACCACAGACUGACUCUCCGGAUGGCGGUAGCCUGGCGAGAGCCAGGAGUCUGACAACCGUGUAAGGUUACGUAGUGGUUUCGUGCUUUUGGUUUGUCUGUCGUUUUUUUUUUUGGAUCUCUCUCGAAUUAUCAAAAUAAUUAGGCUGUUGAUAUGAUGGUGGUAACAAGACAUACAUGUGGUGGAAUGCUCUCUCCCUUUGAAAAAGAAAAAUUCAAUGAUUUGUUGGAAGAAGUGGAAAAGAAAAGGGGGGAA